UGGAUCUAAAAUUAAUGAGAUGAACCCACUGGAUUCACUUUCAUCGAGAUCAUCGCUUAAUCAAGAUAAUUUAAAUCCCGUUUCAUUAGAAAAUAAGGAUUCGGCAAUAAGAAAAUAUUCAACUGCUAGAUCAAGUGGACAAUAUUCCAAUGUCAGCAGGAUUAAUCUGAAUCAAUCUUCCAAUCAUUUAAGUAGAUUACCUUCAAGUUAUAGUGUACGAGAUAUAUAUGGAGACUUAGAUGAAAAUGAUAUUGAGUUAAGAAGAACUGCAACCAAGUCAACCAUUUUAAAUACCUUAACUGAUAGAGCCAAGAGAACCACUACUAACCAAGAUCAAGAAAACCAGGUUAAAAGUGAGGGACCUGGAGAAGAAGAAGAUGAUGACUCUGAUGAAAAUAAUCCAGAAUAUUUUGUACAAGCUAAAAAUAAUGGGGAGGAAUUUAAUUCGAUUGAUCCCGAAUUGGUUACUUGGGACGGUCAUGAUGAUCCUGCUUAUCCUAGAAAUUGGUCUUUUAAACAAAGAUGUUUCCAAACAUUGAUUGUUAGUAUAUACACUCUUAUCUCACCAAUGAGUUCCUCGCUACCUUCUCCGGCAAUUGAUGAAAUUGCCGAAAGUUUAGGUUUUGAAAGUUCUACAUUUUUAAAAGCAUUUGCCAUUAGUGUUAUGGUUUUAGCAUGGGCGUUGGGUCCAUUGGUCAUUGCACCCUUAUCUGAAUCUGAUUUAGUUGGAAGAAGACCGGUUUUAAAUAUCUCCAUUUGGAUUGUUGGUUUAUUUAAUUUGGUUGGGGGGUUUGCCAAAACCCCAGCACAAUUUUGCGUUUUCCGAUUUUUAGGUGGAUUAGGUGGGUGUGCUUCAUUGAAUGUUGGAGCUGGUACCUUGGCUGAUAUUUGGAAAGAUGAUGAAAGAGGAGCCGCGAUGGCAGCCUAUUCAUUAAGUCCCCAAUUAGGACCAGUGAUUGCCCCGGUGAUCAGUUCAUUUAUCGUGACCGGAAUGAACUGGCAUUGGUGUUUCUACAUCUUAGCCAUCUUCACUUUUGUUGUUGCAUUUUUUGGAUUAAUUUUUUUCAAAGAAACUUAUGCCCCAAAGUUAUUAAGAGAAAAGGCUAAAAAAUUACGGAAAGAAACUGGUAAUCAACAUUUACAUACUAUUUAUGAAAUCUCUAAUGGGGAAACUCCUUUAGGGGUUUUCUACUUGAGUAUUACUAGACCUUUACAAUUCAUUGUUGGUCAUCCCAUGGUUACGGGAUUAGGUUCGUAUAUGGCUUUUGUUUAUGGAUUCAUGUAUUUAAUGAUUUGUACCUUUCCCGAAGUCUUCAAGGGUAAAUAUCAUUUCAGUACCAAUAUUAGUGGGUUAAUGUAUUUAUCAAUGGGGGUUGGUUACGUAAUUGGAAGUUUUUUUUGGGCUUGGGCCAUUAAUAGAGAAUGUAAAAGACAAAUUGCUAAAAAUAAUGGACAAUCAAAGCCAGAAUUCACAUUAAGGUGUCUAGUCAUUGCCGGGGGGUUCACUCCAAUCGGUCUUAUCAUUUAUGGCUGGGGUGCUCAUUUCACUCUUCCGUGGAUUGUGCCCUGUGUUGGUGCUGGUAUUUUUGCAUUUUGCAUGGUUUGUGUUUUCAAUACCAUUCAAACCUAUUUAAUCCAAAUGAAUAACUUACUAUCCGCAUCUUCGGUUGCCGCGGCUGCCGUUUUCAGAAGCUGUGUUGGUUUUGCCAUGCCCUUGGUGGCCACUCCUUUGUAUAAUCGAUUGAACUACGGUUGGGGUACUACAUUAUGUGCUUUUAUCAUGUUGGUCUUGGGGGUUCCUUUCCCCCUUUUCUGUAUCAAAUACGGGGAGUCCUUGAGAUUGUGGGCCAACCGCAGAUUCGACAGAAAGAAGGCCUUGAGAGACGAAAAGAACUUGAGAAGAUUGCAGCAGCAAAACGAAAAACACGAUAAGCAGUUCGAUUAGACUAAGCGAAGGGUCCCUUUGCUGCGAAAACAACCGCUACCCCCGUACCUCCCCGUACCUCCCCGGCUUUUCCUUCUUUCUUUUUCCUCCGGCUUUUCUUCUUUUCCUGGUGUACGGGGGUUUGGCUGCAGCCCAGUCUAUGUACGGGUCUACAAUUUUGUUACUCUAACAAUUUUGUGAACAGCAAAUAACACUAAUAUACAUUCCAUUAUAGUUUUGCUUGUGUUCUUAUUGUAGAUGAUCUUUGCUUAGUUGACUCCCUGAUUCUGUUUGUUUGGAGAAGAGAAUCGAAAUCACUGGAAAAAGACCAGCCGUUGAAUACUCCGAGAAUUCCAGUUUGUCCGCCUUCCACCGACAAUGCGGUACGAUCAUCGGUG